CAUAGCUUGAGUAAUCUGUACACUGAGGAUGAAGUAAAAGCACGCAUCAAGGAAUGCUGGAAAAAAGUUUCUCGUAAGGAGUUUCGGGACUCAAUCAGUUCAUGGAAAAAACGUUUGCGCGCCGUCUACCGAGAAGAUGGAGGACCAAUUGAUCAAGGUAGAACAAGAAAUGUCCACUUUCAAGAGAAAUGGCAGGGUGUGUUGCAAGAUACAUUCGGCAGGGGAAGGCCUGUGUGACAGUGACAUGUGCUCACGUGAUCCCGAAGGGCACAAUUUGGUCCGCUGAUGCCAGACAUCGUUCUAGCCAUGUAAGUGACGCCCAAUUGGUUGAGGUCAUCAAGCGCGAGACGGAGCUAUCAACCAAUCACCUGACACCAGAGAUAAAACUGCAUCUGAUCACCCAGAAGUGCCGUCUUUGGCACGAGCAUGGGGAUACGAGUCCCUUCCAGGAUCCAUUUUGGGCCUUCUAUUGGCCAGGAGGCCAAGUGCUUACGAGAUACAUUCUGGAUAAUCCCAAAGAAUUUCUUGACCGCCGUGUCUUGGACGUAGGGAGUGGAUGCGGAGCUACUGCCAUUGGCUGCAAAAUGGUGGGAGCGAACCUUGUCACAGCCAAUGAUAUCGAACCAGUAGCGCUGGCUGCAAUUCGGCUGAACGCCACAGCCAAUGAGUUGUCUCUGGACGUUAAUGCGGACAAUUGGAUUGGAAGGUCGACUCCACGAUGGGACAUAGUGGUGUUGGGUGACAUGUUUUACGACCUGGAAUUUGCCAACACUUUAUUUCAUUGGAUAACCCGUCUCCUAGACGAAGGAAAGACUGUUUUCAUUGGUGAUCCUGGGAGAGCAGCGUUGAAAACUGCAGUAGAUAAGCUACCAAUGCAGAAAGUUUACAAAACUGAUUUACCAGUCUCCACCAGACAGGAAAACAAUGGACUCACCCAAGCAUGGGUGUGGAAGUGCAUAAAUUCUUGACAUGCACGGCCAAUUCCAUCUCUGGCCGGGGUGUUGUCACUAGGUAGGGACGCCAAUGCAUUGAAAAAACUGUUUUUCACUACGAUCAUGCAUCUGAGAGCUUGUUAAAUCAUGUGAAAAGCUGGAAAAUUUGCCAUUAUGCCCAUAACCAGCUUGAAAAUCAUUGCCAGGCCGCAUCCAACGUGCCCGAUACUUUAUUCUGUACUUUUUCUUUAAGUACAGAGCCAGCAAGAGGGACCCCCUUGGCCCUUGGC